AUGAUGAAUACUGAUUCCGAAGAAGAAAAAAAACUUCCGACUGAGAUAAAUCUGGUACACUUCGAUGUACCAGAAUUGAUAGUCAAUAAAAUAGUGCCAACGGCAAGUAAAAAGUAAUAAUUUAUAAGUACCUAAUAAGUACAUAUAUUCUACAUUUAUUGUAUUUGUUUAGAGUGAAGGCUUAUAACACCUAUAGUUAAAUUAGUUAUAUUAGGCUUGCUUACAUGAUUCAAAGUCAAUAUAAUUAUAUGCCUAUUGUUAGAUACAUAAAUAAUUAUGUUAUAUAUGCUGCAAAUAGUUCAAAUGACACUGGGUGUUACGAAGAGAUAUUUGAAGGACUUAACGCAAAAUUCGUUCUAAAUCGUAUACUGCCGCUCAGAGAAUGGACGACUGACGAUGAUAAACAUUGGCGCCAAAAAAUAUCCAAUAAACCAGUUUCGAAAAUGGAGUCGAAGGAACUCGGUGAAAAGUUGGACACUUAUUUGAAAACGUACGAAGCCAAAGUGGUAGGCAUUUGUCCGAUCAAACGGGAAUUAUACAGCCAAUGUUUUAGUGAGUUUGAUAGUUUUUGA